ACCAGCCUGGCCCGGAAAAGGCCAGGAUCCAGCGAGCCGCUUCCACAAGCUCUGGUAACCCGCACGCAUGGCCUCAAGGACUUCUGAAUGAAAAUAAGCUGGGAGGCCCAGAAGGGAACUCACAGGUUCACAGUACAGCCAAGGAUAACACGCCAUCCGGCGCUUCCGAGGACUUGGAAACCAAGAAAACACCUCCCCCUUCAACUCAAGACAAGCCCUGGGCGGAGCUUGGGGCAACUGACAGACCCAGUCACCAAUGGGAGGCCCCAGGGUGGGUUCAUGGGACCAAUCCGAGGGCGCAAAGGAAGCCUUCCCCGUGGCACAUCAGCGCAGCUUUCUAAGUUGUCCUCUGACCUCCCUGGUCUCCAGAGCCAUAGAGAGGGAGACAGUCGCCGUAAAAUGGUGACGCUGGCUAUACUAUGCCGCUCACUCACAGCCUUACCCUUUUUCUCUUCCGAGGCCCAAGCCCAGAGGCCGCCCCGCCCCCGGCUAUCGCCCCUCCCCAGAGAGGACCGGCGAAGAUGUGGAAUUUCCAAAGCUUAUUGGGUGCUGCUGGUGUCACUCUGGAGGGCGGCGGGGCUCGCAGCGGCCACGGCCGCCCCUCUCUGACGAACUGCCCAGGGCCUUUUCUGAUCCUGAGCACAAACGUGGGGAAUAUGGCAGAAAAGAGGAGGCCGCUGCUGGGCUUCGUGGGCAAACUCCCCAGUGGGACCGCAGCUGGAAACUCAGGCAAAACUCACUGCCCAUUGUGCAGGGGGCUUUUCGAAGCCCCCCGGCUCCUGCCUUGUUUGCACACAGUUUGCACCACCUGUCUGGAGCAGCUGGAACCCUUCUCAGUAGUGGACAUCCGAGGGGCAGAAUCUGACACAAGCUCUGAGGGGUCCGUGUUCCGGGAGCUCAAGCCCCGCGCUCUGCAGCCACAGAUUGGCAUCCUCUGUCCGGUGUGUGAUGCUCAGGUGGACCUACCCGUGGGUGGUGUGAAGGCUUUAACCAUAGACCACCUGGCCAUGAAUGAUGUGAUGCUGGAGAGUCUGCGCGGGGAAGGCCAGGGCCUGGUGUGUGACCUGUGCAGCGACAGGGAAGUGGAGAAGAGGUGUCAGACCUGCAAAGCCAAUCUCUGCCACUUCUGCUGCCAGGCUCAUAGGCGGCAGAAGAAAACGACCUACCAUACCAUGGUGGACCUGAAAGACUUAAAAGGCUACAGCCAGAUCGGGAAGCCCAUUCUGUGUCCUGCUCACCCUGCAGAGGAGCUGAGGCUGUUCUGUGAGCUCUGCGACCGGCCUGUGUGCCGGGACUGCGUGGUGGGGGAGCAUCGGGAGCACCCCUGUGACUUCACUAGCAACGUUAUUCACAAGCACGGGGACUCCGUGCGGGAGCUGCUCAGGGGUACCCAGCCCCACAUGGAGGCCCUGGAGGAGGCCCUGGCACAGAUCAAAGGGACCAACAGCGCCCUGCAGGAGCGGGUGAAGGCCGUAGCCACCGACAUCCGCACCUUCUCCGAGGGCUAUAUCAAGGCCAUCGAGGAGCAUCGGGACAAGCUGCUGAAGCAGCUGGAAGACAUCCGAGUCCAGAAGGAAAACUCUCUGCAGCUGCACAAGGCACAACUGGAGCAGCUGCUGGCAGACAUGCGGACUGGAGUGGAGUUCACCGAGCACCUGCUGGCCAGCGGCUCCGACCUGGAGAUCCUCAUCACCAAGGGGGUGGUGGUGGAACGGCUCACCAAGCUGAACAAAGUGGAAUACAGUGCCCAUCCCGGAGUCAACGAGAAGAUAGCCUUCUCUCCCAAGGAGAAAGCAGGCCUGUGCCGUGGCUAUGAAGUUUACGGGGCCAUCAACACCAAAGAGGUCGAUCCAGCCAAAUGUGUCCUCCAAGGGGAAGAUCUUCACAGAGCCCGUGAGAAACAGCCAGCCUUUUUCACCGUGCUUUGUAAGGAUGCAACAGGAGAGAGCAUGGGCAGGGGAGGAGACAACGUUCAAGUCACAGUAGUCCCUAAAGAUAAGAAAGACAGUCCUGUCAAAACGAUGGUCCAUGAUAACAAGGAUGGGACAUACUAUGUUUCCUAUACACCCAAGGAACCUGGCACCUAUACUGUGUUGGUCUGUGUCAAGGAGCAGCACGUGCAGGGCUCGCCAUUCACUGUGACCGUGAGGAAAAAGCACCGCUCACACCCGGGCGUGUUUCACUGUUGCACGUUCUGCUCCAGCGGAGGCCAGAAAACUGCUCGCUGCGCAUGUGGAGGCACCAUGCCAGGUGGGUACCUAGGCUGUGGCCACGGACACAAAGGCCACCCAGGACGUCCCCACUGGUCGUGCUGUGGGAAGUUUACGGAGAAGUCAGAAUGCACAUGGGCAGGUGGGCAGAGCGGGCCGUGGAGUCUGCUGAGGACGGUGGCCUUCUGAUGCUUCCUGGGUCCAUGGUCACAGCUGUGUCCAGCACGGCUUCAGAUCACAGAGGACCACAGACCUUAAUUCUGAAGAAACUGAUAGAAUUAAAAACAAAGUGCCUUAUGUUAUACCCUCAAA